CAGCGAGUCAUCACUGCAACGGACUUUUAAAAUUUAUAAUAAUUGAAAAGGAGAACUUCAUCAAAAUCUCCAGCACCAGGCAGUAUUUCAGCAAGAGGUAACCAUGACUGCGGCAUCUGGAGUAUUGCUUGAAUCAUGGAAACUGGCACUUGUGUGUUUAGUAGUAAUACUUCUGAGCAUUUUGUCAGGAGUUCUGUGCAUAAUGAUAAACGUUCGCUUUAGCACAGUCAAUAGGUCAGCAUGCUUGAACUGGGCCCUCCCGGGAUGGUCGUUUCUCCUGUUCAUUGCCUCCUGUGUUUCGGCAAGGGUUCAUCUUUACCGUUCAGAUGAGAUGUUUCCGUGGUAUAUCCUGUUACUCGGUGUUUUGGAGCUUCUGACGGUAUCAACACAGAUCUUUUUUUAUAAAAUACAGCAAAGGGGAACCAACAACAUAUGCAGACGGUUGAUGAGGAAGCUAUGGAGAAACUAUGGUGAUGAAAACCAGAGUUAAACCGCGAGAGGCCACAUCAAAGACCGAUACUCAAAAAACUGCACUUUCCAAC